GUUCAUUUGAGUUCCUUGGAGUAGCAAGCACUGACGAACUCUGCGGGGCCUUCUCUUUUCAACAAAAUGGCUCCGAAGCCUAAACCGACGGAAAAAGCAGGCAAGCCUGCCGAGAAGAAGGCGGCGGAGAAGAAAGCGGAGAAGAAGCCUGCCACGGCUGCCUCUGCUUCAAAAGUAACCAAACCUGCGGCGAAACCAGCUGCGACAAAGAAGCCGGCAACUGCUAAACCUGCAGCUAAAGCAGCUGCAGCAGCAGCAAAAUCGGCUGUCAAAACUGCACCGAAAGUAGCUGCAAAACCAGUAUCCACUAAGACAAAGAAGCUGGUGCAGGCUAUGAAAAAAGCCGUUAAAGCUUCUAAAACUCCAGCGAAACCUGUGCAGAAAGCUCUUAAGGCCCAGAAGAAGAUUCUUAAAGGUGUCCAUGGCUCCCGCGUCAGAAAAAUACGAACGUCGGUUCACUUCCACAGGCCAAAAACAUUUAUGCCUCCAAGGAAUCCAAAAUAUCCCCGAACCUCUGUACCCAAGAGGAACCGCAUGGAUGCAGUUAAUAUUAUUAAAUAUCCAUUAACAACUGAAGCUGCAAUGAAAAAAAUCGAGGACAACAACACUCUUGUGUUUAUUGUUCAUACGCGCGCAAAUAAAUAUCAUAUUAAAGGAUCGGUGAAGAAGCUAUACGAAAUUGAUGUUGCUAAAGUGAAUACUUUGAUCAGGCCUGAUGGUAAGAAGAAAGCGUAUGUCCGUCUAGCACGUGAUUACGAUGCGCUUGAUGUUGCUAAUAAAAUCGGCAUCAUCUAAUAGUUUAAUUUCUUUUCCAUUAUAAAAAAUAAAAUACCUGCAUCGAUUGUACAAUCAUUGAAGGGGAUUCUUCAAUGUA